CUGCUCAAACAUCAACAACGUAUUUUGAUACUCAUGACAAAUAAAUUAAGAGACAAAAAAUUUUCACCUUUUUUUUUUAUACUUUUACCCCCAACAAUCACUAUAAAAAUGAUUUCAAUGAUUAUAAAAUUUAUACAAUAAUUAUAAAAGUUGUUCGAUAAAUAUGUAAAGUUAUUGAUUUAAACUCAGGGCAGAGUCACCUCGAGCAAAGGUGGACAAAUACAUAGUAUUUAUCUACCAAAUAUUUUAUAUGAUGAAUAUAAAUUAAGUAUUAAUCAUUAGAGUUUAUAUUUGACUUUUUUUAAUAUGUUUGAAGAUAAAAUUUACACAUAUUUUACAAAAUUUCGGAUUCGCCACUACUUACACCACAAUCCAAUAUGUACACAGGAAUCAGCUGAAAGGCAGCUCCAUUCAGUUAAUCAGCGACUAGCAAAACAGAAAAAUUGCAUAUAAAGUUUGCUUUCGCGCAACUUGAUUAAUUUUACUCUACGUGAUGUCUAUCUAUUACCUUUCGUCACGUCAGCAAUAGGUAUUAGGUAACUCUCAGAAGUAUUAGAUAACUUUUUUCACGUCAGCAAUAGGUAUUAGGUAACUCUCAGAGGUAUUAGAUAACUCUGUCCGUAAUAUGGGCGAGAUGGCAGAUCGUUUCUUCCCAAACACCAUGCCUAGUUUCAUAGAUGAAGCUACAGUUAACCAAUCGUUGGUUGAAGGAGAAAAAGAUGUAUUGUCGGAGCUUGUAUAUUUGCCAUAUGGAGCCCUUUGUGAGAAGCUCAAAAGGGUUGCUUUGAACCUCAAACAAACGAUUGUAAAGGAGACAUGGGUAUCUAAAGGGGGACGUAUUAGUGACUAUACAAUGUACACUGGAGCUUUGGGAACUGCUUUUUUGUUAUUUAAAGCUUACCAAGUUACUCGUAACAAGAAUGAUCUUGCUGUUUGUUCUGAUAUUAUCAAGGCUUGCGACUCUGCUUCCCGUGGUUCCGGGCGUGUGACUUUCAUAUGUGGUCAGGCUGGUGUUUAUUCACUUGGUGCGGUUGUGGCCAAACACAGUGGGGAUGAACAAUUGUGUGACCGCUAUCUGACAAAAUUCAAAGAGAUUGAGCUUCCUAAAGAUCUUCCAAAUGAGUUGUUGUAUGGGAGAGCUGGUUUCUUGUGGGCAUGUUCGUUCUUAAACAAAAAUAUUGGUAGAGACACAAUAUCUCCAGCCCAAAUUCGAGCAGUUGUUGCCGAGGUUAUGAAGUCCGGACGAAAAAUGGGGAAAGGAAGAUGUUCUCUGAUGUAUGAAUGGCAUGGAAAAAGAUACUGGGGUGCUGCUCACGGGCUAGCUGGGAUAAUGCAUGCACUUAUGGACAUGGAACUGAAAGCAGACGAGGCCGAGGAUGUGAAGGCCACACUGCGUUACAUGAUCCGAAAUCGUUUUCCCAGUGGAAAUUACCCCUCAAGUGAAGGAAGUGAAUCGGAUCGACUUGUGCAUUGGUGCCACGGUGCUCCAGGUGUUGCCCUUACUCUAAUCAAAGCAGCUAAGGUUUUCAGUAGUGACGAGUUUCUGCAGGCAGCUGUAGAAGCAGCCGAGGUGGUUUGGAAUCGGGGCUUACUCAAACGCGUUGGAAUUUGUCAUGGUGUUAGUGGGAACUCUUAUGUAUUUCUUUCACUAUAUCGCUUGACAGGUAAAGUUGAGUACCUGUACAAGGCAAAGGCCUUCGCGUGCUUUCUGCAUGCCAAAGCUCAAACACUUAUAUCAGAGGGAGUUAUGCACGGAGGUGAUCGUCCAUACUCACUGUUUGAAGGAAUCGGAGGAAUGGCUUAUCUCUUUCUCGACAUGAUAGAACCAAUGGAGACGAGGUUUCCUGCUUAUGAACUCUAGUUUGUUGCAUACACAAUAUGCUGUAGAUUGUAGAAUCAACUAUGUAAAUCUUGUACGUGAGGUGGAUGUAUUUACCAUAAAUAAUGUAGAACCAACUUAUCUCUACGAGGUAGCGGUAAUGUCUGAGUGACACUCUACCACCCCCAGACGUUACCGUGCGAUUAUACUAGGUUUGUUAUUGUGUUGUAAUCAGCUUGUGUUUUCUAUUUCCUUUCUCA